UACCAUCACGCCACUCAGGCAAAACCAUUGUUGUCCAUCAGGAGAGCUCAUUUUAAUUGGCAAAUUACUCUAUAUAUUCAUCACGAUACCCAAGUCCCUAGAUUUACCUAAGAACUUAUUGAGAUUCAGCAAUUCGAGUCACAUAUUCAUCCUUAUGCCACAACCAAAUAGCACCACCAUGGAAGAUCUCCCUUCGCUCUUACUGCUACCCCCACCUCCGCAUCCCCCAUCCCGGCUUGCUCUUAACGCCGCAUAUGAGCCUCCGCUUAACGCCGCCCUCUCAAGAUUGAAAUCCGAGAAAGGCGGAAAAGAUGGAGCGGUCUUGAUCAUUGCUCUGGCAUCGCCAAUUCUUGCAGGCAAAUUCGCACGGCACAAAUCGCUUUCUUGGCCUCACGCCCAGUCUAUUCUAGCUGAUCUAUAUAGCAUCAUAUCCGUUGUUUGUGCUAAACUUUCAAUCCCAACCGAUAUUCAUGCCGGUCCUGGGUCCGUAGAUGCCCGGGUUGUUCUAAUCGAUCACGAUGCAUCUAAACCAAUCCCAACUGACUUAAAGCCAGACAUAAAACCGAAUAACACAACAAUAGUCGAUCUUGCAACCUUCGCCGCAGCUUAUCAUCCUUGGAGAUACAUAUUCCAUACAAAUAACGAGCCAGGCUAUCAAUUACUCUCAACGUACCUCAAACUUCUUGAGGGCAUUCAGACCUUAAAGCAGUCCCAGCUGGUUGUUGUAGACGGUGGGCUUGCCGUGUCACUUGGACCACCGGUUCCUUCGGAAUCAUCCCUCCAGACUAGCCCUCAUUCAGUCGUAUGUUUAGGAGGAACCUUUGAUCACUUACACCCUGGACAUAAACUGCUCUUAACUGCUGCCGUAUUAUUGCUAAAAGUGCCCGAGAAUGGCACGUCGACCCCAUGCAAAUUCGUCAUUGGCAUCACUGGCGAUGAAUUACUGAAGAGGAAGAAGUACGCAGAAUAUGUGCAGCCUUGGGACGAACGUGCUAUGAACACGAUCGAAUUUUUGUCUUCCAUACUAGAGCUGUCCAAGAACGGCUGGAAAGGAGGCCAGCAUCUAGAAGUUUCCAAGGAAAAUGACGAACUCGUUGCUCUAUUCCGGAACGGCACCAUCGAAGUUCGUUGCGUGGUUAUCCAAGAUGCCUUUGGUCCUACCAUCACAACUGAAAAUAUGGAUGCUCUCGUAGUUUCGGGAGAAACGAGGAGCGGGGGAAGUGCGGUAAAUGAAAAACGAAAACAACUUGGCUGGCGGGAGCUGGAAACAUUUGAAGUUGACGUCCUCGAUACUGAGGGAAUCGUGCACAAGUCAGCAGAUACGCAAAAUUUUGCCACGAAAAUAAGCAGCACGGCUAUACGAAAGCUCAAGGCCGAGUCUCAUAGUUAAUGUAAAGCUCUGGUUCUCACCUAGAGUGUACAUACUUGAGAGUAACCGACUACAACUAUUACAUAAAGAGCGUCUGUCCUCCGUCCAUCAGCAGAUCUGAACCGUUGAAAUAGCUCCCAGCACGACUUGCGAGCAUCACAACAGCCCCGGUCAGUUCAUCA